AUUAAAGGAGAGAAUGCGUAGAUAAUCGCCUAUAAACAUGUAACAGAUCAAACAGUUGUGCGGAUUAAUGCGAUGCUCGACCAUAACUGAUAAUAUAUUUCACCCAUCCGUAACAAAUAUGGCUACUGCGGGUCUCACGCACCGGGCAUGCGUUCAUUAUUCAUUUUGCAAAUAAUACAGUGCAUUAUUUAAUUGCAUAAUCAUACUUCAGAUUAAAGCGGAUACGCCUGUUACGACUUUUAGGGUAUCGGUAUUUUAGAUAAAUGCUUUAUGAUCGUGUAGGUCUUUUUUGUGAGGUCGAGAAGAGUAAAAGUGAAAGCGAGACGAUCCACCUUCAGUUACAAAGGCUUCACUGUUUUGUCUGCUACGAUUUCGGUGCAGCAACAUCAAUAUCAGCCAGUUUAAGGAUCUUGAUGUGCAUCGGAACGGCGCCAUGCAAAAUAUCAGGGCAAAUAAGAUGGGUCUAAUUGACGUGUUAAUGUCCGACCCCGAUUACAUCUUGCAAAAUCUGCAAGCGGAUGCGCUCAUCACCCAGCGGGAGUAUAACAUUAUUAAAACCAAAAAGCUAUCUGUUGAGGAGACCGUGAUAGACAUUCUGGAUAAAAUUAUGAAUAAGGGCGAGGAUACAUGCCGUCGCUUCCUGACACUUCUUCAGACAGAUGAUGUCCAGGAAACGUUCCCCAACCUAAAGCAUCUUAUUUGCCCUAACGUCCCCAAGCAAGACAAUCAGGAAUUCGCUGAGAUCAGUGAAUACCCAAUGACAGACAUUCCCAGAGGACUAUGCGUAAUCUUCAACAAUGAGACGUUCACAAAUCUGAAGAGAAGAGAUGGAUCGCAGAAGGAUGCCGAUCGGUUGCGUGAAGUGUUUGGAUGGUUGGGUUUUAAGGUGAAAAUAGUUAAGGACCAAUCAGCGGAGGAGAUGCGGGACCAUCUAAGGGGUUUUGGACAGCAGGCUGGUGGCCAGUGCUUCGUGUGCUGUGUUCUGAGUCACGGGACCCAGCAGGGCGUUUACGGCCGGGACGGCAAGGUGCUCGGCCUCAGUGAGAUCUUGCAGCCGUUCAGGGCGGCGAGCGGCCACGCUCUAAAUGGCAAGCCAAAGGUGUUCUUCAUCCAAGCCUGCCAGGGGUCGCACAUGCAGGAAGCUGUGUCAGCAGGAUGUGACGAGGACCUUGAGACCGAGUCCGACGGAGGUCCAGUCGGCACCAUCCCAUGUGACGCUGACUUCCUCGUCGGCAUGGCUACCGUACAGGAUUGCGUCUCUCUGAGAGACGUCAGGGAUGGAAGCUGGUACAUCCAGACUCUGUGCAGGAUGCUGGAGCAGGGGAGCCCCAGCGGUGAGGAUAUCCAUUCCAUCCUCACCAGAGUCAACGAGGAGGUGAGCAGGAUGAACGAGACCAUGAAGCACAAUGGGGUAGUUUGCCUGGCCAAACAGAUGCCAGAGCCAAAAUACACUCUGACGAAGAAGCUGGUGUUCAGGGUGCCUGAAUAAGACAGCGGUGUCCAGGGGACUCCUUACCAAUGACCCCCAGCAUUCUCAACAAAGAACACCAAGUACAUACUACAUUUCUGCCACCUUUAUUGCUUUUUUUUCACAGUACAAAAUACUUAGCUGGUUUAUAAAGUGCUUUUUAUAAAGUUAGCAUGGUUCAGGUUCAGGGAUUUUAUUGUUGUCUUUUGUUAGUAAUAACGAGCACACUUAUGUAAAGUUUCAUUUUUAUAAAAUAAAUAUUUGCUCAUUAAA